AUGAGGAACGCCCUUCCUGUACGUGAAAAUCUUCGCAGAAAGCAUGUUUUUGCUGGAGGUGGAUGUUUGUUUUGUGCUUCAGAUGUGGAAUCGGCUGUUCAUCUUUUCUGUGAGUGUCCACUUGCGAUCCAGGUUUGGGGGCAUGCAAUCACCUCAAAUGGUCGUUCUUUGUCUGCUUUUGUAGAAGAGGUUUUUGAUCUGCAUGAUUUGUCUAAGGAGUGGCAUAUGUUGGCACGGUUCUGGACCCUUUGGAAGGUGCGCAAUAGGGGUGUAAACGAGUCGAGCCGAGCUCGAGCUUUGGUUGAUGAAAAUUUGGUGGCAUUAUGGAGUGAGACGUAUAGCACAACUGCUCAUGUUGACCAACUGGCUGCAUCUUCUACGAGCACAUGGCUUCCUCCACCAUUUGGGCGCUUCAAGUGUAAUGUGGAUGCUUCGCUUCUAGGUGACAGGUUGGGAUUUGGUGCUAUUAUUCGUGAUCAUUCUGGAGACUUUAUAGCGGCUUAUGGAGGGUUAUUACAUUGUGCUCGGGAUCCGUAUGUUGCUGAGUCUAUGGCCGUAAAGGAGGCACUGGCAUGGUUGAAGGAACGAAAUGUGUCUCACAUAACUAUUGAGUCAGACUGCUUGAACUUUUGCAAGAACUAUAAUUCUGUCUCUUUAGAUUUAUCAUAUGUUGGUCUAGCUAGUUUUAGAGCAAUGUCGUGA